CUCAUUUUAUCAACCCCCUCAUCUCUCUCUUGCGCACUCUCACCAUUCUCUUUGUAGUUCAUUCUCACUUUUUCUCCCCCUCUUUCCUGUUUUAGUACCUUGUCUCAUGCAGCCUUUCCUUCCUCCUUCACUCAGUCUCUUCCCCGCUUCAUCUAAGGAUGGGAAGACUCAUAAUAAUUCUACUUCUGGUUUUCGGAGGUGCCUGUCCAGGUGAGACACGUGGUUGUCCAAGUAGAAGGGGUGAAAUUGGAAUAUCAGAUUGGAUGUGCUGAGACUGACUGGCAGUAAAUACAAUGUUAUAAAUAAUAUCGUUACCAGCUAAAGGAUGUUUGUUUGUGUGUCUGUGUGUGUGUCCGUGUCCGUGUGUGUGAAUGCAUCUGAUAUAUAAUUAUCGGUGAAUUCCCUCUCUAUCCCUCUUGCAAUAACCAUAUUAAGGAUAACAUGCACAUUUCCACUGUACUCGAGAUAAACUUUUUAAUUCGCUUGAGACAAAGUUUAAGGAUAACCAAUAUUUGUGAUUUCUUGUGUCUGUUAAUAAACUGGGUAGUUGGUAUUUAAAUUUUUUUAUAUAAAUUUUAAGCAAAUUAACUACACAGGUAAACUUGUUUCCCAACAAUAUGUUAGAACAUUUUUCUUAUUGCUCACCAUAUGAAUUGGAAACUUAAAAUGAAUUGGGGAAAUAAUAUUCAGAUAAGGCGAACCAGAUAUAACAGUAAUUAGUUAAUUAACUAACCUGGAAUUUGAGAAGAAUGAACAAUAGAAUAAACAUUUUAAUCUAAAAUAGCGGAACUGAUAUUUUUUUUUCCAAAAUGGUUGCUUUGGCAUUAAAUCCUUAAUUCCUAUUACAUCUAUAAUUGUCUCACAUGCAGUAUAUAUCUUUUUUUUUUUAUUAUUAUUCAUAGGUAAAUAGACAAAACCUUACAGCAGCAAGGAUACAGGUUAAUACGGCAAAUAGAUUUAUCUUCUGUGUCAGUGAAGGGAUACAUUCUAUAGUACAUUAAACCCUUUUUUGAAAGGUUAAAUUUGACGAAAUCGGUGAAGAAAUUGAGGAGGAGUUAUGAACCUGGAAAAAUAGCAGAGCUGUUUUGUUUUUUCCAGUUGUGAAAUUUUUUGUCUAAGACAGGGGUAGGCAACCUUCAGCACUCCAGAAGUUGUGGACUACAUCCCCCAUAAUGCUCUUACACCCAUAAUGCUGGCAAAAGCAUCAUGGGAGGUGUAGUCCAAAACAUCUGCGGUGCCGAAGGUUGCCUAUGCCUGGUGUAAGAGUUGCAAAUCCCGUAAACGUUCUCCCCAUAUUUCUAGCCACCGACUAAGCCACAAUGUUGGAACUUUAAAGAGAACUAAACUUAAAUGUAACAUUUUUGUCUAAAAUGCCUAAACCAAGGUUUCCACAACUGUGGGUCGCCGGCUGAUUUCUGGUGGGUCGCACUGACCCACGCCGGGAGACAGUCAGGUGGGUCGCUGGCUGAUUUCUGGUGGGUCGCACCGACCCACUAAGGGAGACAGUCAGACCCUCGAGGGUGCCUAACGGCUUGCAAUAUGUGCCGCUGGGAUCAGGGCUCCUCUGAAACGGGGAGAAAGCCUUGUGCACCUUCCGGUCUGCAGCUUCCCCUCUGCCGCGGGCAGACCAUGCAGUAACUGUCAGUGAGCUUGGCCAGUCACAGAGCGUUACUGUGGGUUACCGUGGUAACGCUAUGAGACUUCACAUGCGAGACUAUGUCUGCAUGGCCUGCUCCCCACACUGUCACCCUCACCCCCCCACAUACUGUCACCCUCACCUCCCCCCCACACUGUCACCCUCACCUUCCCCCCACAUUGUCACCCUCACCUCCCCCCACACUGUUACCCUCACCUCCCACAUACUGUCACCCCACCUCUCCCCAUAUUGUCACCCUCAACUCCCCCACAUUGUCACCCUCACCUCCCCCCAUAUUGUCACCCUCACCUCCCCACAUUGUCACCCUCACCCCCCACAUUGUCACUCUACCUGCCCCCCACAUUGUCACUCUCACCUCCCCCCACUGUCACCCUCACCUCCCAGACUGUCACACUUCACCUCCCCACACUGUCAUGCUCACAUUGUCACCCCCACCUCACCUCCCCUACAUUGUCACCCCUCACCCCCACACUGUCACCCUCACCUCCCCCACUGUCACCCACCCCCAACAGGGUCACCUUACCCCCAACAGGGUCACCCUCACUUCCCUCCCCACCCUGUCACCCUUACCUCCCCCCAUACUGUCACCCUCGCCUCCCCCCACACUGUCACCCUCACAACACUGUCACUCUCACCUCCUCUCUCCACUGUCACCCUCUCUUCCCCCUCACACUGUCACCCUCACCUACCCCACACUGUCACCCUCACCUACCCUGUGUGUGUGUGUCUGAAUUUGUGUUUCUGUGUACAUGAGUGUCUGUUUAUCUGUGUGUGUAACGUGUAAUUGCAUGUGUACUGCUUUGUCAGUCUGGGUAUUUGUGUGUCUGUCUAUUUGCAUGCGUGUGUGUCACUGUAUGAGUAUGUGUCUCAGUGUGUGUGGAAGUGUAUACACUACACACAAAUGCAUACCUGCAUUCAAACAUGUACAUUCACACACAUACUCCAUGCUUACAUUCAAACACACAUUGUAUAUAUUUUUAAAUACACAAUAUACACAUACUGUAUCCACUACACAUGCACUGCAGUCAAACGCAACAAACACACCCCUGUAUUAAAACACUAAAAUUAUAUAUAAACACCCCUUCAUUCAAACACCAACACUACACAUGCCUGAGUCUGUGGGUAACUAGUUGUAUGCCUCUAAAACAGAUUACCGUGAUAUGCCAAGUUUCUGCCACUAAAACUGCCAUGAUAUACCAAAAUGAUGCCUCUAAUACUGCCAUGAUAUGCCAGGUUUAUGCAUCUCAAGCUGAAUGCCAUGGUGUGCCAGUUUUAUGCAUCAAAAACUGAUUGCCAUGGUGUGCCUAGUUUAUGCCUCUAAAGUGGAUUGUCAUGGUGUGCCAAUUGUAUGCAUCUAAAGCUGAUUGUCAUGGUGUGCCAAUUGUAGGCCUCUAAAGCUGAUUGCCAUGGUGUGCCAGUUUUAUGCCUCUAAAGCGGAUUGCCAUGGUGUGCCAGUUGUAUGCAUCUAAUGCUGAUUUCUAUGGUGGGCCAAUUGUAUGCUUCUAAAGCUAAUUCCCAUUAUGUGCCAAUUUUAUGCUUCUAAAGCUGCCAUAUGCUAAUUUUAUGCAUCUAAAGCCGAUUGCCAUGAUGUGGCAAUUUUAUGCAUCUAAAAAGGAUUGCCAUGGUGUGCCAAUGUUAUGCCUCUAAAGCAGAUUGUCAUGGUGUGCCAAUUGUAUGCUUUUAAAGAUGAAUUCCAUGUUGUGCCAAUUGUAUGCCUCUAUAACUGAUUGACUGAUUGCCAUGAUGUGCUAAUUUUCUGCCUUUAACCCCUUAAGACCGGAGGGUGUACUAUUACGCCCUAUUCUAAGUGGCUCUAAACGCUGCCGGGCGUAAUAGUACGCCCUCCGGUCUUUUCCUACUUACCCUGUCGCCGGCGAUCCCACGCCGGCGAUCGCGGUUGGGGGGACUCCCAGGGAGCCCCCCGCGGCACGUCCGACCCCCUGGAAGCCCCCCGGCCAUGUGAGAGUUAAAAGCAAGUGGGUCUCAAAAAAUUACUGUUUUCAAAAGUGGGUCUCGGCCCAUAAAAGUUUGAGAAGCCCUGGCCUAAACUAUACAUUUUGGAGACUUGGAUAAUUGUUUGUGUGGCUAGUCUGAGUUUACAAUUUUACAUUUAUAGAGUUAUUUGCUAAAGUGAGAAUUCCAUGUGAUUUCAAAGAGAAUUUCACGUUUAAGGACACCGAACGUAGCCAAAGUGGAAGCUUCACUAACUUAGAGAAUUGUUCUAGUUUUAGCUAAUUUUAAUAAAAUGGCUAAAUUUACUUUGAAUUGACUGUGAGUACUCACUUCAGUUAGUAACCAUGUUACUAAAUAGGCUAAAAAGUGGUUUAACACUAAAAAGAGAAUUUUGACUUCUGGCAAAUAUCAGUUUCUUGAUUAAGAAAUAAAUCUACAAAGGUUUCGCGGGUGCAUCAGUAGGGAAUUCAAAAGAGCUAUUUAGCGACUGAGCUUUGGAGAAACAUUUCCCAGCUUCAUUUUAUACGGAAAUCAGGAACAGUUUUUUUUACACAGAUGAUGCUUCAAAUCUUUUUUUACAUGUUCUAAACCUAUUAUGGUGCAAUAUUUGCCUUUUUUGGGGGUAAAAUAACUUUUGAAAAAUAAUCAAAUUUCAAAAUCUAGGCUUUUCAUCAAUUAUAAGAAAUUGCUUCCCAAAAGAAAUUUAAUAAAAUCUUCUUUAAUGAAUUUCACAAAUGGCAAGGAUGAUCUGCAGAGGGACACUUUGACAUAUUUUCCAAAUGAACACUUAGAUUUGCACAUUUAAAAAUAGGUUAUAGAUAGCAAUGGGCACACAGGCAGUAUUUCAGAAACAAUAAUUUAUUGACCUGUUUACAUGACAAUAAAUGACCAUUUUACUAACACUGCCUGCAUAGCUGGUCUGGAUUGAAGAGAAUAUUGUGCAAAUUUGGGCACUUGCUUUUUUUUUCGCUUGCCCAGCCGCUGAAUGCUUUUUGCCAAUAGUUACUUCCUCUGAGCCAAUACUGAUGAAAUGUGUUUGGAGCUAGUAUUUAUUUAUUACUGGCAUUUAUAAAGCGCCAAAACUUUCACUAUAUCACAAACAACAGAUUAUUAAAUACAAUGCAAUAUUUGCUAUGUAGUAGCAAAAAUUUAGAUGUUAUAGUGUUGAAGUGAGUUGAAGGUGCAUAUAAAAAAUAUACAUAUAUAUUCCCUUCUAGUAAUGGACAUAACCCGAAGAUCUCCUCAACUCUUCAACAAGUAUGCAUACAAUAUAUAGGAUGGAUCCAACCACGGGGAAUAAGAAUAAAACAUAGUGGAACUCUGUGGAACCCAGAUAGAGUAAUUAUUAGUGCCAAUGGGUCACUCACACUUUGACUGAAUAAAAAGGGCAUUCGGCAAUCAUUGGAGAUCUAAAGUUGUGUCUCUCUCUUAGUACUUGAUAUCGCAGGUCUCAGCAGUAUGUAAAAUAAAGUGCAUCCAGAAUAAGGUGAUUGCAGAUUAAAGUAUAGUAUAAAAAUAUUUAUUACUUACACAGAAGUAAAAAAAAGUCAGCAUCAAAUACAGGUAUUUAUUUUACAUACUGCUGAGACCUGCAAUAUCAACUACUAAGAGAAAGGCACAACUUUAGAUCUCCAAUGAUUGCCGAAUGCCCUUUUUAUUCAGUCAAAGUGUGAGUGACCCAUUGGCACUAAUAAUUACUCUAUCUGGGUUCCACAGAGUUGCACUAUUUCCCAUAGUUGGAUCCACCCUAUAUAUUGUAUUUAUAAAGCGCCAACAUAUUCUGCAGCGCUUUACAAUUGGGAAAAAGACAAACACAAUAAGAACAGAGCGAUACAACAGGCAGAGGGCCCUGCCCAUGAGCUUACAAUCUAAAGGUUAAACUGAGGAGAUGAAACAAGAGGUAGCAAAGGGAUUUGUAUGUGAUGGCAGAGAGAGUUAAUAGUAUAACUGCAGCAGCUGAUAGCAUGUGAAGGCAAUGAGGAGGUGAUUGGCUAUGGUUCCAAACAGCUGGAUGUGCAUGCUAUAUAGUUAGAAGGAACCGGGGAGGGUGGGUGGGUAGAGCUGAGUAAAAAAAAAAGUAUUUGUCAACCAAAAUUCUAACAGCAAGAUUAUUAAUAACUACAUGUAACAGCAAGUACAAAAUAUUACAGUAGUAAACUAUAUGUAACAGUACGGUAGUAUCAUUAUAGUAAAGUAAUAAUCUAAUGUUAUAGUAUUAAUCUGUCUGCAUUAUUAGUGUAUGAACCAAUUAAGGAGACAUGUUCCAGAGGUCGUCCCAAUUAGGUUACAUUAUUUGAUAAUGGCAAAACAUAAAAAGAAUAAUGGCGUCAUCACUUGAGUGCUGUCAUUCUUUGCGUUUUCGUUUUCACACACUAAAGCUACGCAAAGCGGAAAAACAUUUUUCCAGGUGCCCGGGGCUUGGACUGGUGAACGGACUCUAUUGCUUUAUAAACCUGCUUCAACAGUCUAUGAGGCCUAUUAGUGCUGCAACUUGUGCUAUGUGGGGAUAAACCUAACUCGACUUUGAAAUAAUUUUAUAGAUAAAUAGAUCUGGAGCAUAUGUAGGUGUAGCAGAGCUCGGGUACUCAAUGCAAGUACCUCUGGUGGUUUCCCUCCUUCUAAUUGCUGAGUACAGUGAAGAGAAUAUCGCCCUUAUCCCCGUACAGUAUCUAAGACUUGGUGAGAGUAAAACCAAGUGUGUUGUAUUGGAACAGCUCACAUAUAUUUAUAUACAGUAAAAUGUGUAUUGAAACUGCAGUGGGUGAUUAGGUGAAAGAAAAUAAUAGCCCUCCCAAGCACUAUCAAUUCUGGGGCUAAUUCGAUCAGUCCUGCACUACCCCUUUGGUAGUGGAAUGUCUGGGGCUUCAGUUUCCCCUUAGUUCACCAUAGCCACUGCACCCAACACACCCAGCUGCCCUCAGGUCAAAAUAGCUCCCUGUUAGUCCACAUGGUGUUCAAUCGCUACCCAGUUGAAGAUCUGCUGAACAGUUCCAAGCGGCCGUCUUCAGUUACCAGUCCCUGGUCAGAGGCCGUACCAGGGAUUAUGUUAACUGGUGGCUGGCAGUGAGGGCGCUCAGUUUGGCCAUGUCUGCUUAGACCAGGGGGAAGCUCAGAAAACGACAUUAUCUUUACAGUUUGUAAUCACUCUACCACAGGACCCACUUGGUGGUGACAAUCCAUUUUAGCAUGAAGUGAGUGCAUUUUAUUUUUUUAUGUUUUUUUUUUAUAUUUUCCUAUUGAAAUUAAGGUUUGUGUAGAAAAAGACAAAAUUAAAAUAAUACUUAAAACUUUACAUAUACCGUGUUUCUCCGAAAAUAAGACCGGGUCUUAUAUUAAUUUUAGUCACAAAAAACACACUAGGGCUUAUUUUCAGGGUAGGGCUUAGAGCCAGUCUGUCAGCCGGUCAGUCGGUGUCCACGCUGUGUAACCCCAGUAACUAAGAUCUCCCUCUCCUCCUCCCUCCCUGUAAUAUUCUCCCCUCCCUUCCUCCCUGUAAUACUCUCCCCCCUCCCUCCCUGUAAAUAUGUAUCCCCCCCCUCCCUCCCUGUAAUACUCUCCCCCCCUCCCUCCCUGUAAUACUCUCCCCCCUCCCUCCCUGUAAUAUUCUCCCCUCCCUCCCUGUAAUACUCUCCCUCCCUGUAAUACUCUCCCUCCCUGUAAUAUUACCCCCCUUCCCUGUAAUAUUCUCCCCUCCCUCCCUGUAAUAUUAUCUCCCCCCUCCCUCCCUGUAAUACUCUCCCCCUCCUUCCUCAAUGUAAUAUUAUACCCCCUCCUGUUAUCUCCCUCCUCCCCCUCCUCCCUGUAAUAUUAUCCCCCCUCCCUCCCUCCCUCCCUAAAUCCCCCCCCUCCCUCCAAUCUUCUCCUCACCUCCCCUGUAGCGUGGCCGAGCUCCUCUCCGGUCCGCGACCCGGCCGGAUUGACAGGAAGUGCACACCCAGUGUGCACUUCCUGUCAGUCCGGGCGGGUCGCGGACCGGAGAGGAGCUCGGCCACGCUACAGGGAAGGGGAGGUGAGGCACUGCGGCAGCCGUCUGAGUGCUCUCUAUAGAGCGCUCAGGCGGCUGAGGCAUUUAAAGGGCCGGCAGCCGCCGGCCCUGCCUAGGUCUUAUUUUCGGGGUAGGGCUUAUAUUGCAGCCCACCCCGAUAAUCCAGCUAGGGCUUAUUUUCGGGGUAGGUCUUAUUUUCUGGGAAACACGGUAUGUAUACAUAGUGUUCUUUCUUCUGGUAAAACCGGCGCAACAGACAUUAUAACCAUACAUAUGGUCUUCUGUGUCACAUAAAAAUAUAACUCAGACUCUACUGGCAAAACAAAACAUAUUUAUUCUACCGAGCUUUGCAAAUACAAAGUCUAUAUUUCUUACAGUGUUAUUGAUGUUAAAUGUUACAACUGAUGGCAUUUGCUGGACAUUCAGAAUGUUAGGUGGAGACAUUCUGCCCUUGAUGUUCGUUGCCUUUGUGCAUCAGUGUCUCAUUGUCUCAUCUUACACAUAUAACACAUUCUAUAUAUACACCAUCAAAGUGUGUGUGCAAGAGUAUAUUAUCAUUACAAGUCAAUGCUAUUGAUACAAUAUUCUCUUUGGCAAUUCUAAUUACCCUAUUAGGUCACCCAGGGUUCCAUGGACACUCAGACAUCGAGAACGAGUUGUAACACUUAUCUUCUGUUCUUGUCACUCAAGAUCCACCAGGCUUCAGUGUGAAAUGCACAAAAAAAAAUAGAAUAUUGUAUAGUUACUGUUUUACUAUUUUUCUUUCUUUAAAUUUGUUUGUUUGUUUAUACCCCGUACUGUGGGUUUUACAUUGCUUUUCUUCUUUUUUUUGUCUAGUCAGUACAUAUUAAUAUUAGUAAAACAUUUUGUGGCUUAAAUUCUAACCACUAGUUUCUCAACCAUUAGGAUUAUGUGCAUCACAGGCAAGAGCUGGCCAACUGGUCAAGAGCUGACCAAGAGCUGGCCAACUGGUCACUUUAUGAGUCCCCCAGGAAGAGCAGCCAGCUGGGGAAGAAUAGAGGUGGCGAGGAAGCUGUACUCUUCUCUUCACGCUCUUCCAGCACUGCUCCCUGGCAUGUUCAGCUAUGAUGCCGAAAGAUGGGUUAUGAUGUCCCUCCAGCCCUGGCAUCACUAAACAGCACAUGCAGGGGCAAUACUUGAAGAGUAUGAACACGAGCCACACACUGGACCCCAGGGAAAGAUCCACUCCAGAUCUCCCAAAGGUAGGGAGGCGGGGUGGACAAAUUACAAUAAUAAAAAAAUUAGAAAUUGUGAGUGUUUGUGAGAGAAUGUGUGUGUCAGUGAAUGUGUGUGUGUCAAAUCAGUGAGCAUGUCUGUCAGUGAGUAUGUGUGUCUGUCAGCGAAUGUGUUCCUUUCGGUGUGUGUCAAAUCAGUGAGUGUGUGUGCCUGUUAGUGUGAGUCAAAUCAGUGAAUGUGUAUCUGUCAGUGCAAGUCUAAUCAGCGAGUGUGUGUGUCUGUCACUGUCUGUGCCCCUUUGGAGGCGACUACAGGAAAGCAUAAAUUGAGAAGUCUUUGAAAGCAGUUGAAGCUAAAAAAAAUUUGCAAGUUAGCAUGUAAAUCUCCCAUGUUGAAAUUAGUGUACCUGAUAAUGGGGAGCUGUGAUGUAGUGAAAGGUUUAAAACCAUAUGGCCAUUUGGUGUAAGUGAAUCCCCAUGUUUGUUUGCAUAUAUAGGUGAUUUUAAGUAGUCUUGUAAGUUUAAAACUGUAUAUCUUUUUUGUGUGUGCGCUGUCCCUUUAACUGUAUUUUGACACUGAAUAUGUGUCUGUCCUUUAGUGUCAAAUCAGUAAUAGUUUGUGUGUCAGUGAAUGUGUGUGUCAGUAAGUGCGUGUGUCAAUCUGUCUGUCAGUGAGUGUGUUUGACAGUGUCAUCUGUGUGUAACUGUGUGUGUGUCUGUCAAUGAAUGUGUGUCUCUGUAAGCGUCUCUCAGUGUGUGUCAAAUCAGUGAGUGUGUCCUAUGUUCAUUUGGUGAUGUUCAUACUUCAGAUUAAUAUAUCAUACACUCCUCCUUAUAUACAUAAUAUUCCCUUUAUAUCACAUUUAUUAUAAAAAUAUUCUUUACUUUUAUUAAUCAGGCUUGUUCUCCACUAUGAGUUUAAUUGAAAGAUCUGUAUCUAGCGUGUUCCAUUUGGAAUUUAAAUCAAUAGAAAUUACUUUUUCGAGUCAGUGGUACUAAACAUGCAAGGGUACCUCUCCGUAAAAGGUUGAGACACCCUGUUAUAAACCAUACCUUGUUCUUCUUCUUUCUUGGAUCGAGUGGGGCAGUCAUGAUACCAUGUCCAACCAUCCCAUUUCCUUUGCUUCCAAAACCGAGAAUAAUAUAGCCCCAUACACAGUUAUUUAACAGAUAGAAAUUCAGCAAACAAUAGCUACCGUAUCUUAUCACGCUAGAUUAAAGUGAUCCUAAUGCUUAUUAUAAUAUAAUAUUCACUAGUAGUUGGGAGUAGUUAGUACUCCUUAAAAAGGCCACCAAGUCAAAAUGUUCCUUAUAACUACUGAUAAAAAAUUAUGCUGUUAUGACCAACUAAACCCUUGAACCCCCUUUAUGGAAAUUGGAUUUGGUUUGUUAAAGGGACACAUAGACAUGAAAACAACUUUAGCUUAAUUAAUUAGUUUGCACUGCUCAAUUCACUGCAAUUUAGGUGUAAAACUAACUUUUGAUUCUGUUUAUGCACCCUAGACACACCUCCCCUGGCUGGGACUCACACAGCCUGCAUAAACACAUGGUUUCAUAUUCAAUCAGACUUUUUUUUUGUAUCUCCUGCUCUGUAAAUUGAACUUUAACCCCUUAAGGACACAUGACAUGUGUGACAUGUCAUGAUUCCCUUUUAUUCCAGAAGUUUGGUCCUUAAGUGGUUAAUCACACACAGGAGGCUCCUGCAGGGUCUAGCAAGCUAUUAACAGAGCAGGAGAUAAGAAAUUCUAAAUUAAAGAAACUUUACAAUAAAGGAAGUUUAAGCAUUAGAUGUCUCUUUACAGGAAGCGUUUAGGAAGGAUGUAUAACAUGCAAGGAAGUAUAACUAGGACUGCAUUAACAAAGUAAAUGCCUAAAUGGAAGGGAAUUAAGCAGUGAGACUGCAGGAACAUGAUCUAUACACCAAAACGGCUUCAUUAAGCUAAAUUUGUUUUGGUGGCUAUAAAGUCCUUUUAAAAUUAUUUUUGGUUUGGUUGGACCCUAAAGGAAGUUGUUAGACAUGCAGUAAAUGCCCUAGGCGCACAUAGCGAAGAGUCAGUUUGGCAUAAUCGAGCUGUUUAAUCCAUCCCAUGUUAAAGGAACUAGCUCGCUAUAACAUGGUGACAUAUUUUUCUUUCAUGUCUUGCAUUAAUACUUUGUAAUACAUAGAGAAUAAAAUCGAGGUCAGACUGAAAACAUUGAAUCUACAAUCUUGCCAGAAGCCCAAGAGAUGUCAAAAUGUUUUGUUUCUUCGUAAUCUUUAUCUUUGACCUAUUUUCACAUUGUAUAAAGAACAUGUCUUGUUUGGAGUGACAAGGUAAGCUCAUUUAGCAGGGUCCUCUACACCCACUGUUCUCGUAUGCUAUACGUGUUUUUUUAGAAUUAAAUAUUUAUCUUGUUUACCUUUUGCACAGCACUGUGAAUACGUUGGCGCUAUAUAAAUAAUUAUAUUUAUGCUGCAAACAAUAGAGUGUAGUUGCACAUAGUCUUACAUGGAAUAAUAUAUUUGCUUUACAAUACGAUUGUCUAACACAUUAUUUCCUCUGCUUUCUGUCUGCAGGGCACCCACCUGUUCACAUACCUGUUCUAGAAAUGUCUAUCCAACCUUCGGGCAUCUAUGUAUUAUCUUGCUCACCUUAUUCUACAAAAGAGAGCAUUGUCCAGCUACAUUGGAAAGAAAAACACGCGAAUGGGUCUUAUAGCAUGAUAGGGGCACAGAGUCCAUUAUAUGGAACUCACACUAUGUCUCCCUACAAGGAAGUUGCCAAACUUAGUUGGAAGGCAAACACAACCUACAUCUUGGAGGUUAAAGAGGACAUGGAGGUUUGCUGUGAGAUGGUAAUUUACCCAUAUGGAAGGAGCCCGGAGAGCUGUGUAACCAUGAAGGUGGACACAGGUAAAUGGGGGAAGAGUUGGUAGAUAUAAGGAUGCUUCAGAGAGAUGACAGACUUGCAACUUUCAGAAAAAAGUGACAGCAAUAAAAUGACAAGAUUGAUAUAGCAAAGGGCAGAUAUAACAGAAUAGAGUGGCACAGUAAAAACAAUAGAAAUAUAUAACUGCAAUCUGUGAGAGUUUGGGUAAUAGUGGUAUAAGUGAAGGAAAUAGGUGACACGACGGUAAGACCCAAGGUAGAGGUGAUUGUAAGCUCUUCCAAUUAGGGUCCUCAUUCACCUAUUGUUCCUGGAACAUUUUGUAAUUGUCUAAUUUCCUCCUUUUAAAUAUUGUAAAGCCCUGCAUAAUAUGUUGGUACUCUAUAAAUGUCAAUAAUAAUAAUAAUAAUAAUAAUGGUGCUGGUGGGAGGAUAGAGUAUUAGAGAUGACAUCGGUGGAAGGAAUUGUGACAAAUACGUAGAAUGCACUUUAAAUUUAGUCAGACGUAUGGUCUAUUGUAUUGACAGAGGUGGCCUGUUACAAAUGGGUCAGACAUUAAAAGGGACAAUGUGUAGAUGUAUGGUGAUCUAGAAAUCAGUGUUAUAAUAUGUGUUAUAUGUGACAAUUCAAGCAGUUUUAACAAUGUAGAAACAGUAAACCGUCAGACAUGUAACAAUCCUUCCUCCUUUCAGAGACUCAACAUUUUAAAUCCGAGCUGAUGGUGGUCUUUUUGGUGGGUGGAUUUUUCUUCUUGGGAUCGUUUGUCAUAUUGUGUUACAUCUGCUGGACCCGGAACCGGUGAGACUGUUAGGGUUUAUUUCCUUGCGUGUCAUUGUCAUUUAGAGACUAGUCAAUAAUCACUGAAAUAGUUGUCCCUGGCACCCGUCCAGUGUUACAAAUGCUAACGCUUAAUGACCAGCAGUCUGUGGGUGCCAAAUGUUUUAACAUUUUCUAUAGUAGUUAAGAUAAACUUAAAGCUAAGCAACACCUAGUUUGUGUUCUAAACGGUAAAAUGUUCCACCUGCUGUGGUUUCACCACAUAUUACACCUCCUUUAUCUAGCUGUAAAAGGCUGUUAAAAGAAAAAGGCUUAUUAGUGACUGGCAGCUCACAAUACAUCCUAUAUUAAAAUAAAGAAAUAAAUGAAAAAAAUAAUAUAUAUCUAUUAUUAUUCUAUAUUUAUUCUAUAUUCUUAUUCUAUUCAAAGGGAAACUAUAGUCUGAGGAACACAAACAUGUAUUCCUGACCCUAUAGUGUUAAAAACACUACUUAGCGCCCUGUCCGCCCCUCUUAUCCUGCUUAAACUGUGUGAACUGACAAUCUCAGCCAAUCACAAUGCCUUUCCAUAGGAUUGGUUGAGAUUGCCAAGGAGGCGUGCCAAGGAGGUGGGCUGGGGGGUUUAGUAGCUGCAAACAUCUACCAGCUUUUGGUAUUUAAAGUGUUUAAUGUUUGCUUUUUACAGACAUGCAUGGGAACUAGCCCCUGGUAGGAUUUCAUUAUAACAAUGUUUGAUGAAGCGUAGGUUCACAUAUCACAGUUCUGAACCCUAGUUUUAAUGGAUUGGUGGUCAUUAUUGAUAUCAUUGAGAGAUCAAGAGAAUUAUUUAAAUAACAAAAAUAGUGACCUGUUUUAUGGUUACUAAUAAUAUGUAUUUAUUUAAAGUACUUUUUCUAUAUGAAAUCGGUGGUAAUAUCUAAUAUAACAUCUUAUCAAAAAACACCAGAAGAAUCAGCCAACCGCCAUUAGAGAAGAGGAAGUCCAACCAUUCCAUUCAAAUCUCCCUGAUCUUUCUAGAACACUUUGAUACACUGAGUCUUUCUGGGUGAGGCCUACAUCGACAAUAUCCAACCAAACAGUGGCUGGCAGACUCUUCCUUGUUUUGGGCAUGGUCUUUAGGUUUAUUUUUUUUAUUGUAUAUCUCCUAUGUAACAUGUUUAAAUCCGUACCAGGACAUGCUUAAAAAUUGUUGAAAUCUAAACGUUUUUCUUGAAAGGCACAGUUUAAAGAAUUACUCCAAGCACCAUAACCACUUCAGUGACUUGACGUGCUCAAGGUGCCUGGAUUCUGUAUGUGCACCGUUUCGCUAUGAACUGAUUUGUAAAGUGACACCCUCGGAAUAGCCAUGAAACAUGAGCCUAGCGAUAUUUGAGCAGGGGCAGCCAUAAAAAAAAAACUUAGCAGUAAAAAUGGCAAAACAUUUUAUGAAUCAACAAACACCAUUCAUCAUGGCAAUUGUUUUUAGGCCAGAGGCCUAUCGUUGUAAGGGGUCACUGCACCACAGAUACUAUGGACUGAUAACCACAUCACUCUUAGCCUCAAAACCCUGUGGUCAUGAGAGUUAAGGGGGUGUGAGAUUUGAGCACAUUGUACCACUCUGUUUUCCACUUGGUGAUGACGUCAUGCAACAUUGUCACAGUAAGGACUAUUUCACUCUGCUCUUAAUGAUACUUGACAUUUUUAAUUCCAAAUUAACUGCAUUUCAAGUGAAUCUUGCAAGUUUUGCAGUUGGCGCUGGCAAACGGCUAGUUAUUCAUUAAUAAUACCAGAGGUUUUAUUAUGUCAUUAUGUCAUGACAUUAUGUCAAAAUUAUGUCAUGCACAGAGAUUACACAGUGAACACUUUGAAGAAAAUUCAAUGAGCAGCUAAUACUGUAAUGUAGUUUUUUUUGCAAAAUUGGAAGCGCUUCAGACUAGAUUUUUGCCUUCUUUUGGAUCAACAGCAAAAACAUUUGUGAGGAAGGCUGAACUCGAUGGGCGCAAGUCUCUUUUCAGCUAUGUAACUAUGUAACUAUGUAAAUGUUUCAAAGAAACUUACUAGUACAACACUUGGACAGGCUUCCAUUUAGCUGCAUUGUUUACAAGGUUUUGUCCCAUGGCGUUGUGAUAUUGGACAAAGGCAUCUCCACAAUGUAUGGUUAGGUAGUGAUUAGGGUGCUCUCUCGAGCCAUAGCGUUCUCUCUUCUCCCUUACAAUAUGAAAUACUAGGAGCAUGAGCGUCCUCCACGUAAGACAAAGGGGGCAAAUACCCCACAAAGAAAUUGUCCUUCCUUUGAUUUUAAUGGUGCAGAAUGUAUUUUUGUAAUCCAAUGCAGAUACUUAUACCAGAUAAUAAAUGGUAUAUUGGCAUUAAAAUUCAGCUAUUUUCACUAGCUAUUUUCAUGAUGCCGUGUUAAAUAACCCUAAUACAUACCCGCUAAAUGCAUUAUUAGUUGUAAAAUUUUCUUCUAGAUUUUUAGAUUGGGGUAAUUUUGGGAUUGCUCUUAUUAAGUUACAUUUCCGAUAGCUCAUUUUUUUUUAACACAAUGGACCGAUGAGUGUUUUAUUGCAAUCUGGAUGUUAGCAGUAGGUAAAACCCCAGCAGUCACAGCGGAAAUCUUUCUGCAGAAAAUGUUUCCACAGCCUGUGAUCUGAAGAAGAAGAACAACAUAUUGUGUAGCUUGUGGUAUAAGAUUACACGCACACACAAACUAACUGUAUGCAAAUAGGCUUGCACAUUUACCAGAUUUCAAAUUCAGACUAAAACAGACAAACUGGAACAUUUACAAAUCAGCUGUUUUUCAUUAUAAUUCUAAAUCCAGUUUUCACUUGAUCACAAUUUUGGACAAACGACAAAAUAAUUGCAACUUUUAGGCGAAAAUAUCUAAUGAUAACAAGUGUGAAUAUGUACUGCUAUGUGAGUAUAUAGGGACGGUCUAUUAUAGUUUCAUACCUUGAUAACAUUUAUAGUGGACAAAGUGGAACACUUUCGGGGGACGAGGCCUAGCUCACAAGCUGACCUGACGUGAUUCAUAUGAGCUCCUGCCAGAAUGUGCUAUAUUUCAGCUAAAACUACAAAAAUACAGCUGCAAACAGCUCAGAGCCAAGCAUAGAAGACACCUUUAACAGAAGGGACACAAAGGGUGCCAAAAUAAUAACAUUUGCAAGCUUAUUACACUAUCUGGCCCUGAGGCCUACCAGGAUUGCAGGCCUGUUAGCAGGAAGAAGUGGCCGAUCUCCUGCUUUGGACAGAGCCUCCUGAAGUGAAUCUACUAGAACCCAAUUACUUCCCCCCUUUGGACCGGUAGGAGUUAUCCCGGUCCCCGCUGGGAACCAUAAAUACUCUGCAGUAGCAAGCACAAUCUCAAUCGCGUGGCGAAUCAAAGAUGGCUGCUGCGCUGAAACCCAUACUGAGUCAAGCAAACCCUGAGAGCCUAGAUUUAGCAAAAGGCUUUGAGGCCAGAUUUGACAAGAGGUGCCACGACUCCUGGACUCAUAUGUCAUGUCGCUCGGCCAUCCUCACCGGUACCACCACAGACUCAAGCAGCAGCUCCAGCUCACUGUCCCUCCUUUAGGCUGCCUGCCCGGGCAGGGCCGCAACCACCCAGACAUCCAUACACCCAUGCGGUGUGCCAAGUUCCACAUUGACGCAAAGCUGCAAAGCAGACACUGCACCAGAUGCUGAAAAAGGGCGUGCGACCACAUGCUGCCACCCACUCGGCAAGCAGUUUGGAUUCCCACAGAUGUUUACCUGGAUCUCGUGCCUUAAUGAGAGGAUCUCCACAUCACUACCCGAUAACCAGAAAGAGUGGGCGCAUGCGGGAGGCCGCCUGGUGUGCUCCUCCAGAGACUUUGACACUGGUCCACAUAGCUCUCGUAAGCCAACGGAGGAUGGGGUGUGGCUUGUGGUGGACUUGCCAGAAUGCAGGGACUCAGCUUCACACACACCAAGACAAACCAGAGGUGGGGGUGGGUUGAGGGGCCAGUAUUUAAAUCUAGGUGCUCAUGUAUGUUGAAUUGUUUUUCUUUACAUCUUUGAAUAAGCUGUAGCCCUCAUGUGACUUCCCUAAGCGAUCUUAAUAAUUUAAAAGUGGACCCCAGUGGUUUUAUUUUACCAUCUAUCUACUUAUAAGCAUGUUCAUAAUUUUAAAGUCUGAUCUUAGUGGAAUCUACAACAGUGCAUGGGUCAUACUUUAUCACAGUGCAUGGGUCAUACUUUAUCACAGAGUUUAUCUGUUUAGCUUCAACUACCAGCACUGAGCUAUUCUGUCAUUAUAAACUAAAAAAUAAUGUGCAAUUUAUCAUAUGUGUUAUCUGAAGGAUGUUUUCCUGCACUCUGAUUGACACCCUAACGCUUUUGCAAAUAUCCAUGGUGUAGCUGUGCACGUAAAAAAAAAAGAAAAAAAAAAAAAAAGAAAAAGAGGGACACUUUCAUUUGAAGGAUUGAGUGGGGCUGCUUUGAGAAAUCUUAGGUGACUCACUAAUAAUAAUUUAUACACUAAAAUGUAAUUUAGAACAAGAACAAUGUAGACUGAUUUCUAAACACAUUUCUUGUAGAUUAAAGACACAUUACUGGCAAUAUUAUUAGUGUGGAGCUCUGUUAUACACUCAGGCACAACAACAAUAUGGAGCUCCUAGAAAAGAGGGACAGAGGGAUUUAAGUCCAAACAGGGCCACUUGGGAGGUAUGGAGUUUAUAUGUAGAAAAAAAUGUAAAUGUCUAUAAAUAUAGAAAUAGGAAAAUAAAUAUGGUUUAGAACCAGCACAAUCUCCACCUCGGAAUAUACUAUGCCCUUUAUUUGCUCUAAUUUAAAGGCUAUAAAGCAUUGAUAAUUAGAACUGAAUAGCUUGCCUAGUAAUCCCAAGUUACCUAUAUAGAUGGAAAGCAAACAGGUAUUAGAGAAAAAGCAGGCAAGAGUUGUGGUCAGAAGGUGGUGCCACUGGAUAAAGUGAAGAGGAAAGAAAAAAAUAUAUUAACCUAUAAGGGUCUAAAUACCCAUAGUGGUAAAAUAAAAACCAUCAUACCCGUCAAACUUAAAAUAAAAUAAAGCGCCAAAAAAAACCUGACUAAAAAGAAAAAACCUGAGUGCAAAAAAAAGAAUCCUUCUUCACCCAUGGAGGGCUCCACGCAGACUGAGCUCUGCAGGGCGGAGGAAGGCUUAUAAAGCCUUGCCCCGCCCUGCAAUUAGGCUUAGAACACUCUGAUUGGUUGGUUUAAGCCAAUUAGAGUGCUCUUUGUCAUUUUACACAGCAUGGGAAAAUUCCAAAGAACUUUCCCACGCUGUGUAAAAUGACAGUAGGUCCCCCCUCAUUAUCUUUAUGGCCCCCACCCUCCGCCCAGGGGUGGGGGAGGACAGUGGGGGGGAAUCAGAGGGGGGGGAUUUGUCUUAGGGCCACACCCACCACCCAGGGGUGGGGGCAGGGAGGGAGGACAGUAGGUCCCCCCCCCAUUAUCUUUAUGGCCCCCACCCUCCUUGUAAUAAACUGAAUGAACAAAUGAACACUGAUAUUCAGUGUUUGUUCGUCUGACAAUGCUAUUCAUUCAUUCGUCUUUCUGACGAAUGAAUGAAUAGAUGAAAUUCCUGUUUGCAUGCACAAGUGUUUCACUGGGCAUGUGCGGGAAUCUCACAGUCUGUCUAGUGUGGGCAGAUGACGUGUCCCACAAGGACUUCAUCUACCCACACAAAGAUGGCGGUGCCCGGAAUAUAGAUCGGGGCAGAAAAUAAAGAUAAAAAAUAGGUAAUAUGUGGGGUUAAGGGGAAUUUGGGGAUGACUAGGGGGUCGGUUAGAUGUAGUGGAGUCGGGGGAGGGGGGGUUAAAAAAAAAACAGGAUUCGGCCAUGACAGUGCCGCUUUAAAUCUGACUCUGGAGUGUUCUUUCUGUGAACAUACUAAUUUGAAUAGCGGUUUUAGAUUUAGACUCACAGACCCAUCGUAUUAAAUUUCGCAAUCUUUAAGAAAGUUUUGGUGAGACGAAAUAGGGCCAAACACCCGGUAAUUUAAUUAAUCCUCAUAUAAACAUUAAGACAUCGAAGAAAUCCAAGAAAUAUUUAUAUUUGCUCACUAUCCCAAAUCCCUACGCAAAUUUAAUAUUUGGAGGUUUUUUAGUAUCAAUCCGAUGGCCGUUAAAGUGCAAGCUCACCUGCCACAUCAUGGCAAACCUCUUAGGUGAGUCCUACACUAAACAUUCACCUUGCUGCCUUCAGCUAAUAGGCAAAAUCUGUAAAAAGAGUUAUUCGGGUAAACCUCUGUACUCUUUCUAACCCUUAAAAUGUAACACAUGGAGUCGGUGGCUGCAAUGUAAUACAUUAUUAAAUAUAAACGCACAAAAUUAAGCCUUGUGCUCAAACUUAAAACACCAAAAAACUGGAAAAAAGGGGUAAAACCCUUUUAUGUGUUGUAUUUUGUGGAAGAUUUGGGGGGGCUUAUGUUACAUUUUGUGGAAGAUUUGAGGGGCUUGUGUUACAUUUUGUGGAAGAUUUGGGGGUCUUGUGUUGUAUUUUGUUAAAGAUUUAGGGGGCUUGUGUUGUGUUUUGUUAAAGAUUUGGGGAACUUGUGUUGCGCCUGAGAGUUGUUGAAGAUUUGUGAGAAAUCUUUUUUGUCUACCAGACAAGGUUGAUAAAGACUUGGGAAUAACAGUUUGCCUCAAUAAUUUGGUGUGCUUGAUGUGGGGGAUGUUCCAUUAUCUAUUCGGCACAGAGACUAGAAGCACCGUGCACAGGUAUAUGGUUGAUUUCUUAGUGACUCUAUAUUCAGUCAGGAGUUUAGUCACUAACUAAACUCUGAAUUGUAGCGAAUUAAAGGAGAAAAAAGGCAAAAACAACUGAACUGGAAAAAUUCCAAUUUAUAGUCAUAGCUUGACUAUUUUAAUGUUGCCUUUUGGAUUCCAGUUUGCCACCAUUUAGAGUUAAGUGAAAAUCCCUCAGUGUAUCAAAACAAAUAUUAAAUAUUUUAAUUACAAAAUCUUAUUCUCCUGUUUUUAGCUUAUUUUUCCCCAUAUCAUUCCCAGUGGGUUAGUAGCAGUUCAGGACCUUUGCCCAAGACCCAUGUUGCAACCCAAAUUUAAGAACAUGGAUAUAUGCACAUCACUUUGCCAAAAAGUCUCUAAAAUUAGAAAAUUUAAAUCCACUACGCUGUUUAUGUAUCCAUGCAAAGAUUUCAUAACUAAUACAGGGAUAUACAAGUAACAAGCUGGCAGCUAUUAAAUGCUCUGAGGGGUACCUGUUUAACUUCUAACACUUCUUACACAAUCAUAGAAUGAUCCACAAUUCUGUCUUUCUCUUUUAUAUUAGGGGAACACAUCGCCUGAGAGAGGACACUCAACAAAAUUGGAAGAGGAGGGGGAUGAUAUACCCUUACCAAAAUACAGUUAUUUCAAGACAUCUUUCUUUUGAUCCUUUGUCUAUGGAAAACCACACAGACCGCAAUGCUUUGCCCCAGAGAAAUGCUCACUGCCAUAGGCCUCUGCCUCAGAGAAACCAGCUGCCUCCUCCUCCCCCUGUUCCACCUCCUCGGAACUGGCAACAUCAACCAACUAUGCUUUCAAAGAACCAAAGGCCUUCUGAGGAGAAUUCCUCACCUGACCUUCCAUAUCCUACAAUACCUACCCAUAAGAACUUCUGGACACAUGAGAUUCCAAAAAGGUCAAAUGAUAUAUAUAGUAAUGUUCUGCGCAAGAAACCAAAGAUGUCUCAGCCAUCAUGGUGUUCUCGAAGAAAUACCCCCACUUUUGAUAUUAUGGUACAUUCAAGACCUCUGUGGUCCACUUCCUCAUAUUGUCCUGAAGAAGUUGCUCCACUGCAGCCCACAAUAUCCAGUGUGGAUUCUCCUUUUUCUACCAUUAACCCCAUGUAUCACAGUGGAGCACAAUGGGUAUCCCGCUCCGAGGGUAACAUCUGACUGUAAAUAAUGUAAUAAUAAUUGAGUAUAUAUAGACAUUUAUAAUCCACUGACACCACAUCUAUACAUUUGUAUAGUUACUGUGGCUUAAGAGACCCUAUCUACUACUAAGCAGUGCUGAUCGGCAUUUCCAAUCAAUGUCAGCAACGGAAAGAACUGAUUCUGCCCAAAUUUAAGGCCCCCAGAAGUUUCCCUAAAUUAGUCUCAGUUCAUUACAAGCAAUAAUUGCACGGAUGGUAUCACCACCUGGGCAUUACGGAAAUCGGAAACGUGAUCAGCUCGCUGAAAUAACGGGCACAUCAUGAAAACUAUAUAACCAUCAGAAAAUAUACACCAUUUACUUUAUCAUAUUCUUCAUUCAUUUAUAUUAUAUAUUCUUUGUCUUAUGGACCAGUAUGUAUUUUAUAAUUCUUUAUUAAAGUGAAAUGCUGUAGCUAAGGGAAGAAGUUAUUCUAUGAGUUGUGAUUCUAAUCCUGUGGGCACCUGGGAAAAAGCCAGUAUUAGGUUCCCUAAUGCAAGUUAAUGAUAAGUGUUCAGCAUGGCUGGCCGCAGGAUAACGCUCUUUUUUUUCCUCCUUAAUAAUUUAUGAGCCAGAACAGGAGAUGCAUUUCAUGUACAGGUUAGCUCUAUUGAGGUAGUGAGUACCCCCAACCCUCCGAGGGUUGCUGAAAUGAAAGUCUGAAUAGCACUUGUCAGGAUCAGACUGGUGACUAGUAUUAUUUAUAGAGGCACCAACAAAUUCAGCAGCGCUGUACAAUAGAUGGAUAACAAACAAGUAGUUGCAACAUCACAAGUGAACGUACAGAAACAGAAGGUGCUGAGAGUCCUGCUCAAAAGAGCUUACAUUCUAUGUGAAGUGGGGUACAUGAAGUACGGGUAAGAUGUAUUUAAUGUAAUGGAAAGGUAGUGGGCUAGAAGAGUUUACAAUUAUGGAUUUUGUUUGUUUUAGGAUAGGAAGUAAGGUGUUAACAUGAGCCCAUGAUGUGUGAAUGUGUAUUGAUGCACGACAGAGGGGUAGAUAGACAGAUCAUACAUGCAGGUGCACAUGUGCAUGCACAAAUAUAUUCUGUGUGUGCAGAUGUGUGUACAUUUGUGUCAAUGUACCAAAGUGUGUUCGAUUUUUCUAUGAUGCGUGUACGAGAUGUUUUCCUAGGUUGCCCGAGGUGGUAGGACCUGUUUUUUGCCUGGCCAUUAGGAAUUACUGAUCCAAACUUUUUCUAUUAUUAGUCAUGUUUAGCAAGUGCUACACCAGAUCACAUUGUGCUCACUUGUCCUUGCUCCAAUGUGUGAAAUAAAAUAUAAAUCAAUAUGUGUUCUUUUAUUCUUUGCUUACCGAGCAUCUGCUUUGAAAGUCUUAUCAUAAAUAAAACAGUAGUGCCGGCAAUACCUCUCCAGGAAGUCUACUGUAAGCUUGUCCACCUACGAGCUAGAGUCCCAGCACCACACAUGCAAUGAUUGGCUCAGAACAUCACCAAGUCAUUCACAGGAACAGAGACAAACAAAAAAGGAGAAAACAAACUACAUCUGAUAAAAUAAAUAAAUAAAAGACAGAUAAAAUAGUAGAUAAAGCAAUUAGCAGUUGAUUUAAGUGGAUGUCGAAC